AUAUUUUGCCACCGUGCCGUUUCUGAAACAAAGGAAACGCCCCUCCUCUGCCCCCUGCGGCCGUCGCCGGCCGUACCCUAGCUUCAUCGCCGACGAGCCCACCUCCCACCGCCGUCCGUCGCCGCCAUUGCCGUCUCGGUUCCUUCACCUCCUCGGGACAUCACGCUCCCCGCGGGUCUCUUUCUCCCCUGGGCCGGCCGUAUAUCUCUCCCUUUCUUUUUCCGUUUUUCUUUUCCUUCCGGCCCUCGUCGCUCGUCUUCCUCCUCGCGCACGGCUGGACUCAGGUACCGCCGCUUAGCGCCGCCGCCGCCGGUUGAUCUCCCCUUCGAGGCUUCGAUUCUCUCGCUCCCGACCGCUUCUCCUCCCAUCGCCCGGCGAACCGAUUCUGCCCUUUAGCAGCUCCCCGUUUCAUCUCCCCCCAAUUCGUAACGGACGCAAAAACCUUGCCCUACUCCGGCACAUGGCUAAGUUCGAUUUCGGAUCCCAUUAGAGUGGUAUAGACAUUCCUUCCUCCUCCAUGGCCACCUCGCUUCCGCCUGGAUACCGGUUUCAUCCGACAGAUGUUGAACUGACAGUCUACUAUCUGAAGAGGAAGUUAUUGGGGAGACCGUUGCGAUGCAAUGCUGUUACGGAUAUUGAUCUCUACAAGUUUGCCCCAUGGGAACUUCCGGAGAAAGCUUCGUUACAGACCGGGGAUCGUGAGUGGUAUUUCUUUUGCAUGCGUGAUAGGAAAUAUUCCAGUGGAUCGAGAACUAACCGGUCAACUGAAGCUGGGUAUUGGAAAGCUACUGGAAAGGACAGGGCAGUAAUACAUAAAAAUCAGACUGUUGGGAUGAAGAGAACUUUGGUAUUUCAUUCUGGCAAGCCGCCGCAAGGAACAAGAACUGACUGGGUAAUGUAUGAAUAUAGGCUGGUGGACAAGGAUAUAUCUUCUUCUGAUGUUAAACUGGAUAAUUGUGUUCUCUGCAAAAUAUUCAAAAAAAGUGGUGCUGGCCCCAAGAUUGGGGAACAGUAUGGGGCUCCAUUCAAUGAAGAGGAAUGGAAUGAUCUGAACGGCGCCCCUUCGGUUCCCCAUUCUGCGCCUGGAUCAAGUAAUGGUGUGUUGAACUCUGCUGGUCAACAACUGCCUGUUAGUGACGAUGGCGAGGUUUCCUUGAGCCCUUUGUCAGAAAAUAACGUUGAACGAGCUGCCAACUGUACUCGUGCUGAUGCUUCUUUUGACAGCAUAAAUAUACAGCAGCUAGCUGAUAUUAUUGGUCGUUUCUCGACAAAAUUUUCAGUCACUGCUGGCCAAGCUGGUGCAUUGCCUGAUUUGACUGCUAAGUAUGAUAAUGAAACAUCGUAUGAGCUGCAGCCUGAUUUGACUGCUGACCAUAAUAAAUUAUCGUUUGACGAUGAAACAAUAUUUGAUGAACUGGAUAAAGUUCCUUCUGGGUCAGUGGAGAGCAUCUCCAAGCAGUGUGCCUCAUGUGGUGGCUAUUUGAUUGAACCUAUGCUCGAACCAGUCGAAGGUGAACAAUACUUUGAGCUAAAUGACCUGUUGUCGUCUCUUGCUGAUGGCCAUCCUGGUCCCUCUUGCCUUGUGGCGUCAAAUGAUGCAUCUCAUGAGUGCCAUCUGGAUUUAGAGCUGAAUGGCAUUUCUAAGAGUAGUACAACAUCUGCUGUGGCUGCUGGACCAUUGCCUUGCUAGAAUUGAUCAUCAUGUGACUGAAUCAGGGGUAUCUUGGUUUGAUUCUCAGGCUGGUAGCUGGUGAUUGAAUUAAUUUGGUGGUGCAGUAAUGAUUCUGAAAAAAAAUGUGAAUAUAGCUUUUAGCUUGUGAAUCGAGGGGCAUUCUUUCAUUCCUGCGCUGACUGACUGAUGAUAGUUGUGUUCUAGCUGAAUUGUAUACCGGCUGCAGGAAAGGAGUAAAGAUUAUUCUUGGUAGAUUAGUUGGUUAGGUUCUAGUGCAGAAGUAACUGGUUGCAUUGCAGACUAGCCAUCUUUUGCAGCAAUGACUCCCAAAUUCAGAGUUUUUUCGGAAGCCGUCAUUGUUCUAUGACAAAUUUGUCUGUUGUGGAAGGAGAAUCCGGUUUACCUGUAAGAGUUGUUCGGAUCCCAUCGUUGUUCUAUCACCUGAGUGAAUUCCCCUUUUAAUCUCCGUUUAUUAUUAUUAGGUUUUGUUAAGGCAAAUACUUUUACCAA